UGUCACUUGCAUCUGCGAACAAGACCAAACCCGGGCUUCGGAUUCUCAUCGUCCGCCUGAACGGACUUGACAAACAGCCGAGAACACACUGAAACAUACGAGACGAGACCCGCCGGAAUGCUCCCGUAUCAAGCCACUUACACCAUCAAUCCAUAUUCCGGGGCAAAGAAGCAGAUAUCGAACUUUGAACUACCGGCCGAAGAUCUGGGCAUGCAGGUUCAACAAUCUCAAGCCUUCUUCCCAGCUGCACCCCACCACCACAAUACGACUUGCAGAGGGACCUCAGUGGGAGGCUUCAGCCAAGGAAGCCAGCAAAGAUCCCGGCUCGGCAAAUGGCAAGCCACCCUGUAAUCUCAGGGCACUUGCCCGUCAGGCUUCCGCCCAAUCUGGACAUGGAUCAUGGCGGGCGGUGGGUAUCGCGGAACAUCUCCACCGUGCUUCUAGAGGCUUUGUCGCCUUGUCUUGUGGCCACAUGGAAGUUCGAAAACCAGAGUAACGUAGCCCUGGGUUUCUGCAACGACGAGAUAGUUAAGCAACGGCUGCACGGGCGACUCUGCGAAAAUGCCGGCCACUUAGGGGAGGGAUUGGCGUUUUUAAUGCUGGUGCUACCGCCGCCGCAGAAAGCCGAAGUAAUUCAUGCCAGUUUGUUUCCUCGGAACCUGAACCACAACAUCGUGUCAGCACACAACUGGCCGUCCACCGUCCACCGUCCACCGUCCACCGUCCACCCUCUCGAGAACAACAACUCUCCACUCGCUGCCGUUGACACCCUCGCUUUUUUCUCUGCCUGCCCCGCCAUCACUUGCCCUCGCCCACCCGUCAGCAGCCGACAAGGCAACAUCCAAACCAACACUCGUGCACUGGUGCGAGGGCCGCCGUUUCAGCAGAGUCUCUUCUUGCAUCGCUACAGCCUAUCCGCAUAGCUGGGCAAGGCCGAGUCAGCCCCCUAUUCUCCGUUAACAAUAUUCCCGAACCUGUAUGCGCUCGUCGUAACGGCCCCCGCGCCGCCCACAACCCCUGGCCAUGGCCGCCCGUCGUCGCCCGGCGCCGCAUAAACUGCAGCAAACGCCUUCGACCAACAAAGAUCGCGGCGACAAGGGCUUCAGUUUGCCGGCACCGUCGCCCCGCGUUAUCAACGCCGCUCCGUCCCUCGAGAAGGCCGAGAUGUAUGGCAUCGAUGACAACCGUCCGGUCUUCAGUCGCGCCAUGGCGCUCGCAGGGCGCAUGUUUAUCGAGACCAUCCCGCAAUGGCUGGCCGUUGGAGCUAUGCUGUCGCUGAUUUUUGGCGGCUGCUGCUCCAAUGUCUUUGCGCUCGAGUCAAUUAUCAAGGUGGAACCUGACAGUGGUUUCUUGUUGACUUUUGUGCAAUUCAUCUUUGUCGCCAUCACCAGUCUCCCCUCCCAACUCGACAGCAGACGGCCACCGUUCUACCUCAAAUCCAACAGAGUCCCAAUUCGCCGCUGGCUCGUCAACAUUGUACUGUUCUUCGCCAUCAAUGUUCUCAACAACCACGCCUUUAGCUAUGACAUUUCUGUGCCGGUGCACAUCAUCUUGCGCUCUGGAGGCAGCAUCACCACCAUGCUGGCUGGGAGCUUGUACGGCAAGAGAUAUUCUCGGAUCCAGGUGACAGCUGUGCUCUUGCUUACUGUGGGAGUGAUCACUGCCGCCUGGUCUGAUUCACAGACCAAGGGAACUACGAGUAGUGGAUCUGCCGGGACUACGAGCUUUGUAACUGGCCUCACAAUCCUGUUCGUCGCGCAGGUCCUCUCUGCUAUCAUGGGCCUCUACACCGAAGAGACAUACCGCAUGUACGGCCCGCAGUGGAAGGAGAACAUGUUCUACUCGCAUCUUCUCUCGAUCCCCUUGUUCCUGCCAUUCUUGCCGUCUUUGAUUAGACAGUUCAUGAAGCUUGCCAACAGCCCUCCGCUGUCGCUUCCAAUCCCCCCGCCGGAGGACUAUCCUAACUUUUCACCCAGCCUGCAACGGCUUGUCGAGAAGAUACACAUACCCAGCCAACUGUUCUACCUCACGCUCAACGUCUUGACGCAGUAUGCCUGCAUUCGGGGCGUCAACCUCUUGGCUGCAGCUAGCUCGGCUCUGACAGUGACAAUUGUUCUCAACAUUCGCAAGUUGAUCAGUCUGUUGUUGAGUAUAUGGCUUUUUGGAAACCGGCUGGCGUUUGGAACGCUGAUAGGAGCCUGUAUUGUAUUUUUCGCAGGAGGACUGUACUCUUUGGACGGAAAGCGGAAGCCGCCUAGCAGGAGGGGCACCGCGCCGACCAAAUCUUGA